GAGCGAUGAUCUCGACUCCGCUUUACGGAUCGUUGUCGCCGCUUCCUUUCUCUCAUUGCUUGUCUAUCUUGACCAAUCGUCAUUGCUGUCCGUACUCUACAUCGUAUAGAGAUAGACUGUACCCAAAGUUGCCUCAUUUUUUUUCGCUUGUUGCUUCAUUUGUUGUCCAAGAUUGACAACGCAACGUCACUUGAAACAACACAAUAUACACACAAGAAAGGAAAAAAGGGACAACAAUGACGGGUAUCAUGUCGUCGUCGAACAGUAGUAGCAUGCGUUCUUCUCUCCAUCUACCAGCUGGAGCGAAUCGUUGUAGAGCGGAUAGUGGGUCUACCUAUAGUUCUUCGGAUACAAGCAAUCGCAGUAAGACUUCAUCCAGACGAAGAAGUCAUCGACCAAGAGGGUGUCGUGGUGGAAGCUCGCGCAAAAAGAGGCGUGGCGGAAAGGUACCCAAGGAAAUCGUGGGUGUUGAAGUGAGUAAUGGUAGUACUUUAGGUGCAAGUACUACUGUUAUCCAUGAUGGCGCAAGUACUAUUGCUAAUCAGGGAACAAGCAAUGAGGCCAGCGGCAAUAAUACCUCGGUAUCUUCUUCCACCACAACCAGCAGUAACAGUGCUGCUGGUGGGAAACCUAGCCAAGGCAAUGCGGAAAAAGUAUUGCUCAAGGGGACAACCGUAACAGAGAGCAGCAAAACCAAGGGAACUUUGGUAUGCUUUGCUGCAGAAGAAGAUUUUCAUCCUCAGACGGAGUUCUCAGAUGAGAAUGCUGGUCGAAGAUCUUUGCCUCAUCAUCAGGCAUCACGUAGUAGUAGUGGCAACAAGUACAUGCCUCUGACAUCCAAUGCGGCCACAUUGAGUACAAAUAAUGAGGCAAACAAGACCAGCUCUGUGCUUCCUCCACUCAAACCAAAGACAUCCUCCACCUCCUCCGCUUCCUGUCUUCCACCCUUGCAAGAGUCCAUCAAGUCGCUUUUGGUAGCAAGAGAGCAGUCUUCCACUUCUACGAGUGCUACUCGGUCGUCGCUUCCAGCUUCCUCUAAUGACCCAAUCCGAAAUACGACCAACCAUGGUGGACAAGGCUACGCUAGCAAUGAUACUGCGGCUAGCAAUGCUACUGCUACCAACUCUCCGCCGGCGCAGAUCCUUCCUCCCUUGUAUCAACCCGAACCUGAGACGGCUCAGCAGGCUCCAUCAUCUGAGCCAAGCUAUCCUCCUGCUGGCCCUAACAUCUAUGCGCUUCAAAGCACCACAAGUCGCAACAACAGUGACAUCAACAACAGCUAUCUUCUUCAUAACAACAACAAUAACAACAACGGCAUCGCCCCUAACAGUAGCUAUCCCUAUAUGGGUAUGGGAGACUACCAGCAACCAGCACAGGGACGUGGCCAUCAGUUGUACCACAGCUAUGACAAUCAUAACAGGUACAAUCAGUAUGGCGCCAACCAACAACAAAGCAGCAACACGGCGUUGCUUCAACUACACCAACAGCAGUCUCAACAACACCAACAGCUAGUACAGAACCAUGCCAGUGGCAACAGUUACAACAACAACUUUGUCAGCAACGAAAACAAGUACGAAUCUGCCGAGGAGUAUCAUUCGAGUUUUCACACGGAAAACAAUCCCGAAAACUCCCACUACUCGGCCACCACCACCACCAAUAACACACUCAAGUCGUUUCGCAGCAAAAGGAGCAGCAACCAUGCCGCUCCUGGAUCGACUACAGCCGCCGCCUACCGCAACGAAAGGAUCGAAAAGCAACGUCAAAUGAUGGCAGGAGGUGGCAGUUUAUUCGUCACCUCGCCCAAAUCUUUUCUAAUGGGAUGGAAAAGUGAUGACAUGCCUCGAAUGUAAAAAAAAGCACAAAAAGUAUAUGGGAAAAUGACGGAGACACACGCAAAAGCGGCCUAAAAGAGGUUGUGUCGCACCAAUGAGUGAAAUGUGUUGGUGAUUGAUCGGUGGAUAUGAUUCAUAAUGUUCGUUCAGACAAAAAAGAAAGGGAAAAAAUAAAAAAAGUAACUCGUUUGCAGAUCGCUGGUUUAGGUUUUGACAGUACGCUCGACGAUCCAUCGUCUCAUUUGGGGUGAUUGGUUUUUGACUAUUGUUGCCAAAUUUUAGAAACUUUACAUACUACUACUUUACAUCUUUGUACGCAAGAAUUUGAGAGCAGAACAAACGCAAAAACAAGGAACCUUCUUAAAAAUAUCAAGAUAACUAAUUAGAGCACCCUUUUAAAAAGAAAU